AUGGGGGACGAUCCGGCACGGUUAUAUCGCUUGGACGGAGUCGCUCAUAUAGCCGGGGUCAUCAACGAGGAGCCCCAGCGAUGCAUUAGGAGCAUGCGGCGGCAGCAGGGCAUGCGACUUGAUGACAGAUACGUUCCGUACUUGCAGAUGGCAGGUCUAUACCAUCUUGCAAGGCUGAACGACCGAUGGUUCCGGCUAGACGAGGCCCUUAUGGCAGGUCUAUACCAUCUUGCAAGGUUGAACGACCGAUGGUUCCGGCUAGACGAGGCCCUUGUCAGUGCAUUCGUGGAGCGAUGGCGUCCCGAGACGCACACGUUCCAUAUGCCGUUCGGAGAGUGCACGAUCACACUCCAGGACGUGGCAUACCAGCUGGGUUUGCCAGUGGACGGCCGUUACGUGAGCGGGUGCUUGUCAGAGUUCCAUAUAUACAUCGAGGGUGGCCGUCCAGCCUGGGAGACUUUCGGUGAGUGCCCUGAGGAUGCAGAUGAUGACACUGUGCGCCGAUAUGCCCGUGCGUACAUCAUGAUGUUGUUGGGCACGCAGCUGUUUGCGGACAAGUCAGGGAACCGGAUUCACAUCAGAUGGCUUCCGUACGUAGCGAGGCUGGAGGAGCUGGGUACCUACAGCUGGGGUUCUACCGUACUGGCUUGGUUGUACCGGUGCAUGUGCCGAGUGGCGAACAGACAUGUCAUCAAGUUAGCGGGCCCGCUUCAGCUACUUCAGUCUUGGAUCUUUUGGCGCUUUUCUCGGUUUAGGCCUGCAGGAUAUGAGGAGUUGAGCUGGCCGUUGGCCUCGAGAUGGUCAGGUUACAACCCUUCCGGAAGCGAGAAGGGUCCUAGAGUGCAGAUUUGCCCUGACAAGGGUGAGUUCCUUUUGCAGUUUAUAUGGAUGCCGUACAGUAGCCCAGACGUACUUCAGGUUGUGCAUCCAGAGGUUUUGGAGCCUCGGCAUAUGGCGUUGUGGCGCUCUGUGACCGCGCUGAUCUACUUUGCUGUCAUAGAGUGGCAUCAGAUAGAUCGUGUUUUUCCGCAGUUUGGAGGGGACGGGAGAGGCGGCGAUCGAUGGUUCCCGUCUACUUUGCAGAAGUGGCAUCUCCUUUGGGACUCUUGUCAGGACUGUGUGCUGAGGUUCGACGUUGUUGCCGACCCCGGACCGUCACAUGCGUUCCUUGAUUGGUGGAGUCAGCAUGGGAAGAGGUUCUUGUCUCCGGAGACGCAGUUGGGGGAUCCUAGAGCAGUUCCGAUACCAGUUGAGGCCUCACAGCGGGGUCCGGGGUGA